AUGAGUGAACUCAAUCUAGAAUUGAAAAGACCAAUUGUUAUAUGUGGUCCAUCAGGAUGUGGAAAAAGCACUUGUAUAAGAAUGCUUAUCAAUAGAUAUCCGAAUUCUUUUCGUUAUUGUGUAUCCCAUACCACUCGGCCAAGACGUCCAGAUGAAAUUCAUACAAGAGAUUAUAACUUUGUGUCAAAAGAAGAAUUUGACGAAGCAAUAAACAAAGACGAGUUUAUUGAAUACGUAAUGUUUUCUGGACAUUAUUAUGGAACAAGUAAAGCUGAAUUGAAAAAAGCUGAAUUGGAGAAACGUGUCUGUUUAAUGGAUGUCGAUAUACAAGGUGUUGAAAAGUUACAGAAAACAAAUAUUAAUCCACUUUGUAUUUUUAUACGUCCUAGAAGUUUUGCUAUACUUGAGAAACGAUUAAGAUCUCGUUCUACAGAAAGUGAAGAUAGAAUUCUUCAACGUCUUGCAGUUGCACAUCAGGAAAUGCAGUACGGAAUAUCCGAAGGGAAAUUUGAUGCUGUUAUUGUCAACGAUAAUGCUGAUAAAAUGGUACAAGAGGUUGUUGAUGUGAUACGACAAAAAUUAAGUAGUUGA